GAAACAUAGUGGGGCUUGAAUCCCCCUGGGAUGGGUCUGAAACUGUCUGGGGAGAGUUGGCAGAGCUCCUCAAAUUCACUCCCUCUCUUGUUCAUAGCUCCGCUUGCUCAGCGACCAAAGAUCUGACCACUGACAAAGCCUGACUCAACCCGACGCAGCUCAAGAUGGACACCGGUGUCAUUGAAGGUGGUUUAAAUGUCACACUCACCAUCCGACUACUUAUGCAUGGAAAGGAGGUGGGAAGCAUCAUUGGGAAGAAAGGGGAGUCCGUGAAGAAGAUGCGCGAGGAGAGUGGUGCUCGCAUUAACAUCUCAGAAGGGAACUGCCCCGAACGGAUCAUCACCCUCGCUGGACCCACCAAUGCCAUCUUCAAAGCUUUUGCGAUGAUCAUUGACAAACUGGAAGAGGACAUCAGCAGCUCCAUGACCAACAGUACAGCUGCCAGCCGGCCCCCAGUCACUCUCCGGCUCGUGGUACCUGCCAGCCAGUGCGGUUCCCUCAUUGGAAAAGGAGGCUGCAAGAUCAAAGAGAUAAGAGAGAGCACGGGGGCACAGGUCCAGGUGGCAGGAGACAUGCUGCCCAACUCGACCGAGCGAGCCAUCACCAUCGCUGGGAUCCCACAGUCCAUCAUCGAGUGCGUCAAACAGAUCUGCGUCGUCAUGCUUGAGUCUCCCCCGAAGGGCGUCACCAUCCCGUAUCGACCCAAGCCAUCCAGCUCUCCCGUCAUCUUUGCAGGCGGUCAGGACAGGUACAGCAGCGGCAGUGCGAGCUACCCCCACACCGCCCCAUCCAUGUGCCUCAACUCUGACUUGGAGGGACCACCUCAGGAGGCCUAUACCAUUCAAGGACAGUAUGCCAUUCCACAGCCAGAUCUGACCAAGCUGCACCAGUUGGCAAUGCAACAGUCACACUUUCCAAUGUCUCAUGGCAACACUGGAUUCAGUGGCAUUGAAUCCAGCUCUCCAGAGGUGAAAGGCUAUUGGGGUUUGGAUGCCUCCGCUCAAACCACCUCUCACGAACUCACCAUUCCAAAUGAUGUGAGUAUCUGGAUGGGAUCCAUAUCCUUUCCAGCCCUCAUUGGGGAGGGAGAGGGGUGGGCAGCAGGGCAGGCAGCUGCCCGCUUGUCCCUGUGGGAGAUGCCACCCCUGUCCCUGGGGGGGACAGACAUGUGA